AUCAUUUCAUUAUCUGAAGUGUGUGGUAGACGGAAUAAAAAUGACGUGGACAUUGUCAGGAACGCUUUUGGUGACUUUGGCGCUAUUGCAUAGUCAGGAGGUGACAAGCUACGAAGCACAGAAUUGUUCCUCAGAUUUUUAUGGAGACUGCACUUUAAUUCAUGAAAAAUAUCCCAACGCCGAGAGUGGAGCCUACAUGAUUCUCCCUUGUGGUACCGAUGGCGAACCGUUCCAAGUGUACUGCGAUAUGGACACUGACGGUGGUGGAUGGACGGUUUUCCAAAGACGAGAAGAUGGAUCACUCAAUUUCACUAGGAACUGGUCUGAAUACAAAUUAGGGUUUGGGAACGUCAAUGGUGAGCACUGGCUUGGCAAUGACAAGAUCUAUCGGCUUUCAUCUUCAGGCCACUACGAAUUCCGAGUUGACAUGUCAACUUGGAAUAAGGGGGAACAGACACAUGCACCCUACAAUUACUUUCGAAUUGGUGAUGAGAAGAGCCAGUACAAACUGAUAGUCGGUAAUUACACAGGCGCUCCUAAAUCUCCAGGUGAUUCUUUCGUAAAACACCGUAAUAUGAAAUUUUCAACAAUUGACAAUGACAAUGAUAAAAAACCAACUUCAUGCGCAAAAGAAUACCUUGGUGGGUGGUGGUACGAGCAAUGCCAUUUGUCCAAUUUGAACGGCUGCUACUUUGAAGGUAAAAUAGCAGAAAGAAAAAAAUGGGCUACUGGAGUAUCUUGGUAUACAUGGAAGAAACAUACCUAUUCAUUGAAAACCACCGAGAUGAAGAUACGUAGAAAAGAUUAUUAAAACAUAUUUAAUUAAAUAAACUCAAGUACUUUUUU